GCGCGGGCGGGGCGCUUUUUUGCGGAAGCCGGCGGCGUCAGGUCUAGCCUCCUCUGGGAACGGGUAGCCUGCGACCCAGUGCUGACCCGAGCGGCUCUGUCCUGACGCGGCGAGUUCUCGCACGGUACCCGGAGAGAUUGAAGCCAUGGCCAUUCUUUUUGCUGUCGUUGCCAGGGGAACCACUAUCCUUGCCAAACAUGCUUGGUGUGGAGGCAACUUCCUGGAGGUGACAGAGCAGAUUCUGGCCAAGAUACCUUCUGAAAAUAACAAACUAACGUACUCACACGGCAAUUAUCUGUUUCAUUACAUCUGCCAAGACAGGAUUGUAUAUCUUUGUAUCACUGAUGAUGAUUUUGAGCGUUCACGAGCCUUUAAUUUUCUGAAUGAGAUAAAGAAGAGGUUCCAGACUACAUAUGGUUCAAGAGCACAAACAGCACUCCCAUAUGCCAUGAAUAGUGAGUUCUCAAGUGUCUUGGCUGCACAGCUGAAGCAUCACUCUGAGAAUAAGGGCCUAGAUAAAGUGAUGGAGACUCAAGCCCAAGUGGAUGAACUUAAAGGAAUCAUGGUCAGAAACAUAGAUCUGGUAGCUCAGCGAGGCGAAAGAUUGGAAUUGCUAAUAGAUAAAACAGAAAAUCUUGUGGAUUCGUCUGUCACCUUCAAAACAACCAGCAGAAAUCUUGCCCGAGCCAUGUGCAUGAAGAAUCUCAAGCUCACUAUCAUCAUCAUCAUCAUAUCAGUUGUAUUCAUCUAUAUUAUUGUGUCACCUCUCUGUGGUGGAUUUACGUGGCCAAGCUGUGUGAAGAAAUAAAAAAGUUAUCAUUAACCAAGGAUAUGAGAGACCAAGGAGUUAAAAGCAAUCCGUGUAAUUCAGGCCUUUUAAUACUGAGAGAUGGUGUCUGCCAGUCUCUUCAACCUGCUUCUUUCUCUCUUUUUUGAAAUCUUGUUCCACGCCUCCAGAUUUAUCUUUGUCCUGUCAACCUGUUUAUUUUAUUGCACUUCAGACUGAACCAUUUAUUGUAGCAGUAGCCUUAAAAAAAGCAUUGUGUUUCUUUGGUUUGUAAACUAGUGUCAUCUACUUGCAGAAACAUUUUGUUUGUAAUUGCACAAAGCUAUCACCAAGGUAGAAACCACCUGUCUUAUGAGCUGUUGGCUAAAAUUCUGGAUGACCUUUAUGCACACAAAAGUUGAAAAGACUGAUAGUGUUGCUAACAGCUCGUCUCAAUGUCUUUUGAUUUUGAAGGGUUUUAGGUGCUUGAAAACAAUGUUCAUGGAGAAUUGUUGUUAUUUGGGGAAUUGUAAUGCAAUUGUUGGUGUUUCAAGGAACCCAAGCAGGUAAAAUAUUGAUAUUAAACAAUUUAUCUCAGUCAAACGGGGAAUGUUUUGCUAGACUGUUAGAAGCACACAGAAUUAUCCUUGUCUGCAUAUUACUAACUUUUAGGAAGAGAGUUUUGAUCAUUCACAAACUUGACAAAGCUUGAUAUCCUCUCUUUCCCUGUUGCAGUUGAUUUCAGAAGAUGGUGGUUUAAAUAUUGUUGAAGGCUAGGGUUUAUUAUAUAUUCCUUUUCCUUUGGUGGAUGUUUAGGGCAAUUGUAUAGAUAAUAGAAUGGGCAGUAGAGGGCGUGGGUAGGCGCAUUCCUCUGAUUCACCAAAGAAAAAGAAGAGAACCAUAGCCAACAUGCUAGCAUUUUCGCUUUAUGAAGGGAGGUAGUGCAGGAGAACUUUCUCAGCCUGGGAAAAGCCCAGGCUGAAUAUAAUCAACGAUCAAUUCCGGGGUUUGGGUUUAACUGGUGUUGAACAAUAGUUUGAACAUCCUUUGUGGUUUAGUAAGUUCUUUAACCUGCCUAGUUUUGAAGAUUAUUUUUUGUGUAACUUGAGAGUAGACAGUAUGAUAUCUAGAAACAAUGUAAAGACAUUUUAGCUAACAUCCAUGUAACUGUAGUGUGAAAAAAAACUGGAAUGUAAUCAUACUGCUUUGGCUACUCUGGCAUCUGUUAGCUAGUGUGUACUUUUGGUGUGUAUCUGAAAGGACAACAUUUGCUCUGUAGAUCUAAUUGCAUUUAUUUAUCAAUAAAGGCCAGUAAAUGGAAAUUAUAUUACAUUUGACUAUUUUCCCAAUGAAAGAACAAAUUGGUCUAUGAAACCUAGCCACCUGUUUAGCCUAGUCAUGUGCCUUGAAUAUAUACAUAUAUAUAUAUAUAUAUAUAUAUAUAUAUAUAUAUGUCACAUAAUCUGGAUCCUGCUACCUGUUCUUCCAUCUAAACCUUUCAGUUCAUGCUGAUUCCUUUAUUUGACAUAACGUUUUCAACCCACUGGAACCCUUUUCCUUGUGAUCAUGUAUAAUGGAAAUGUUUUUUCAGUUCUCUUGAUCAACACUAAUGUCUUUUCAUUCCAUUAGCAUUUUGUAUUGGAAAGCGUUUGUUCCAUGAAAACAUUUGGCGUUGUUAUUUUCAAAAUGUCUAAUUCAACGAAAAAGACUGAAAGCUCAUUUCCCUUUCUUAUACACACCUGAAUAAAAAUGAUGUGCAUGUUUUAGGGAUAAAUUCCUUAACCAUCUCUUGGUCUAUUUAUGUAUAGGAAUGCUUUUUGAAGCACAUACCUUAUUUUAAAUGAUGCACAAACUGAAGACAUUAAUAAAAAUUUAAGAGUAAUACAGUGAAUUGCUUGUUUGAGAAUUUCUUCAUGGAAUCUAAUUUCUUCUGAUGACAUUUUGCCAUAGUUUGCAGAACAAAAGUGUUUUACUUGUGAUGAAAAUACAUUUAAAAAUGUGACCUGGAGCCUUAAAGAGCUAUAGCAAUGUCUCAGGUGUAUGAAAUUUUCUUCAAAAUCAACAGACACAAAAGUUAAAAAAAAUAUGUAGGCCAUACUGUAACCAACAAAAAGAUCAUGAAAUGACCACACAGCCUUUACAACCAUCAUCCUGAGACCAUGGUUGAGACAGAACAGCAAAAGAACCCUAGGGAUUGUAAUCCAUUUCAACUCAACUCUGACUGGUUCUGAAAUAGAUGACUCAAAGGAAGGCAUACAAGGGUGAGAGUGAAUAAUUUGUUAUAGCAAAACAGAUUUAGGGAAAGAGAAAAAGAGAUAGAAUGGCAAAGAUCAAAUAUACAAAAAGCUGGGCCAUAGCAAAAUAAUAAUGGGUCACUUGGGGCCUUUGAAUUUGGUAACUGAAGUAAAGAAUGAUAAAAUAUGUUUUAGUUCAUUGUAAAGCAACUCAGAAACAGCCCAUUUAGCUUUCCCCAGGCCUCCUUGAGGCAGACACUUAGAGAUGGGCUGUGGGAAUGCUGUUUAUUUGUUGUUCAGUUCAGUCGCUCGUCAUGUCUGACUCUUUGCGACCCCAUGGACUACAGCACGCCAGGCCUCCCUGUCCAUCACCAACUCCCAGAGUUCACUCAAACUCAUGACCAUUGAGUUGGUGAUGCCAUUAUUUGUUGUUAUGAACAGAAAAAGAAGUGGCACAAGCUAAUUAUUUCUCUUUAGACUGUUGGCCAUAAGGUCAAAUAGUGUUGCACUUCGUAUGUUUCUUUCAGAAUAAAUGGGCAGGACUUCCAUCAGAUAAUGAUUCUUCCUUGUCUAACUCUGCCUUCCCAGCCUCAAGAUGGACAUAGAAAUUGGGUUGCUUGCCUGGGAGUCUUAAUGGAAAUUUAUAUAACAACAAAAAUAGCAGCCGUAGACCCUUGUGUGAUAUUUUACAUUAGAAGCAGAAGUGUUUGGACCACUCUUUCUUUUGAAAAAUAAUAAAUAGGGUAGAGUGGUAAUAAUAAAUGGGGCAUUGUGGUGGUGGUGGUUGGCCUAUGAUUCAGUUUGAAUUCAGUGAGGAAAACAGCCAAGACAAGGAUGAUGGAAAUAAGGGGUUUAGUACACAGGUGUAUGACAAAGUAGGAAGAGAUGGUCUGGAAAUGAGGUGCCAGGGGAUAAGAGGAAGAGUCCUAAAUAUUUUCACUUAAUGUACUAGUGCUGGUGAACAGUUGGAAAACCUGAAAAGCCCUAUGUGUCUGCCAAAAUAGGUGUGUGACAAAGACUGUGGCAAAGAAGCAAUGGUCUUAGUAAACUUGAUGCCAAGUGCCCUACUGUGUCCCCAGUUGGUGAGGAGGGCCAGUAGUCAAGAGGAUGAGCUGGAUGCAGGAUGGAGGAGAUGGAGACAAAGCCGGGAGAUAUGCCAGGUGCCUUAGCAUCUUCAUGUCUGAGUGCCUUGACCUACAAAGAAUAUUGGCCUCCACUUUCCUUCCGCUUUCCGAGUCUCACGUGAGUUCAUUUCACUGGCAAAAUGGAAUUCUAAAAGCAUAUAGGGAAAGGAGUUUGAACGAAAUUCCCAGCUUCUAGCCAGAACAGUGCUGCCAAUCUAGCCCAGCCAAGCUCUUCCUGGAUUCAUUCUAAAGAAUGGUUCAGCUGUUUCAUCUUACAGAGAAAGACCACUUGAGAAGUUAAAGCAUUCUUUUGGUCAUGGUACAUUGUACAAGAUUAUUUUGGAUUUGUGUUGUUUAUUAAACUGGUGGAUUCAUGUUGUUUAUUAAACUGUUUAAUAAACUGUUUAUUAAACAUCUAUAUUCAAAAUAUA